AUGGAAUACAAAGAGGGUUACUAUUUUCAUAUUGCCAUCUUAUUAUUUUGUUCAUGUGCCAUGUCCAUUCAGGAAAUAGGCGGUCAUAUCUCACCAUUACUUCCUGCCUUUCUUCGUUUCGUGCGCUCUCGUAUGAAUACCCUUUCUUUCUUUCUUUCUUUCUUUCUUUCUUUCUUUCUUUCUUUCUUUUUUUUACUUUCCUGUUUUUUCUGUUUUCCAGCCUAUAUUUCUUUCUGGUUUCCUGCCUUUCUUUCUUUCUUUCUUUCUUUCUUUCUUUCUUUCUUUCUUUUAUGUUCCUGUUUUUAUUCUGUUUUCCAGCCUUUCUUUCUGGUUUCUUGCCUUUCUUUCUUUCUUUCUUUCUUUUACUUUCCUGUUUUUAUUCUCUUUUCCAGCCUUUAUUUCUUUCUGGUUUCCUGCCUUUCUUUCUUUCUUUCUUUCUUUCUUUCUUUCUUUCUUUCUUUAUUUCAUUUUUUAUUAAUUAUUUAUUUAUUUCUUCUAUUCAGCCAAUAUACACGUUCUUCCUUUCUUUCUUUCUUUCUUUCUUUCUUUCUUUCUUUCUUUUACCUUUUCUUUUUUUCUUUUUUCCUGCCUUUUUUUUCUUUCUUCCCUUCUUUUUCUCUGUUCUCUCGCCUUUUCUCCCUCUUUCUUUCUUCCUUUCUUUCUUUCUUUCUCCAUUUAUUUGUGGUAUCCUGCCUAUUUCUCUUUCUUUCUUUUUUACUUUUCUUCUUUCUUUUCUCUUUCUUUCUUUCUUUGUCAUAG